AUGGCCACCGUGCAUCAUUUGAACCUCGACUUGGGCAUCACCCCAGAGAACACGUACUCCCUUGCCGGAAAACAGAUCAAGUUCGAUUCCAGCGCCGAUAUUGAACAAUAUGUCAAGGAAUUAGACCUGUUCAAGGACUUGAAGAAAAUCGACUUCUCGGGUAACACCAUCGGAAUCGAAGCUUCCAAGACCUUGAGUGAGGCUUUGUUGAAGCACAAGGACACCAUUGUCGAAAUCAACUUCUCCGACUUGUACACCGGAAGAUUGAACACGGAAAUUCCUCAAUCGUUGGAAUACUUGUUGCCUAGUUUGCUCCAAUUGACCAACUUGAAGGUGGUCAAUUUGAGUGACAAUGCAUUUGGCUUGCAGACCAUCGACCCAAUAGAGGCCUACUUGGCCAAGGCCGUCACCAUCGAGCACUUGAUUCUCUCCAACAACGGGAUGGGUCCAUUUGCCGGUGCUAGAAUCGGAGGUUCUUUGUUCAAGUUGGCCACAGCCAAGAAAGCCGCUGGUAAGUCCUCUUUGAAGACCUUUAUUUGUGGUAGAAACAGAUUGGAAAACGGAUCCAUCAACUACUUGGCAGUUGGUUUGAGAAACCACAAGGACUUGGAGAAAAUUAGAUUGUACCAAAACGGAAUUAGACCAGCUGGUAUCUCCAAGUUAAUUGAACAAGGUUUGGCUUCCAACAAGAAGUUAAAGGUUGUGGACUUACAAGACAAUACCAUCACUACUCCUGGUGCCGUCAAAUUGGCUGAUUCCUUGGGUAACUGGCCAGAAUUGGUGGAAUUGAACCUUAACGACUGUUUGUUAAAGAACAAGGGUUCUUUGAACUUGGUGGAAUCCUUGAACGCUGGUGCACCAAAGACCAGCAUCACUACCUUAAGAUUACAAUACAAUGAAUUAGAAGAAGAUAGUUUGAAGGUUCUCGUGGAAGCCGUGAAGGAGAAGUUGCCAAACUUGAAGGUUUUGGAACUUAACGGUAACAGAUUCGAAGAGGAUUCCGAAUUUGUUGAGCAAAUCAACGAGGUAUUUGAAGAGAGGGGCUACGGUGAACUCGAUGAGCUCGACGAGCUUGAAGAAUUGGACAGUGAUGAAGAAGACGAGGAUGAUGAGGACGAAGACGACCAGUUGGAAGACGAUCUCGACUUGAACGAAUUGGAAGCCAACUUGGCUGGCAAGCUGGAAGAGCACGGGGACUCUAAUGUCGAUGAAAUUGCCGAUGAAUUGUCCAAAACACACAUUAAGUAG